AGUUUAAAACCAUCCGUCAAAUACAGCGCAUGCACCUCAUCAAUGUCAAAUCCUUGUGGACGCCAUUGUGAUCUUUAACGACUUUGGUAGAACGCCACAGUAAUCCGUGAAUCUCUGUGCCAUCGUGGAAUUUUAUUAAAUUUGGUUGCUAGGAUCCACUAAUUGAAGUCAUGGCUGCGGAACAAGAGAUGCCCACUUUCAAGUGUGUACUUGUAGGAGAUGGCGGUACAGGCAAAACUACAUUCGUUAAGAGACACUUAACUGGUGAAUUCGAAAAAAAAUAUGUAGCAACAUUAGGUGUGGAAGUGCAUCCCUUAGUAUUCCAUACAAACCGAGGGCCCAUUAGAUUUAAUGUCUGGGAUACAGCGGGGCAAGAAAAGUUCGGUGGCUUACGCGAUGGAUAUUAUAUUCAAGGGCAGUGUGCUAUUAUCAUGUUUGAUGUAACUUCUCGAGUAACCUACAAAAAUGUACCGAAUUGGCAUAGAGAUCUCGUCAGAGUAUGUGAAAAUAUACCAAUUGUACUCUGUGGCAAUAAAGUUGAUAUAAAGGAUAGGAAAGUUAAAGCCAAGAGCAUUGUAUUCCACCGAAAGAAGAAUUUGCAGUAUUAUGAUAUUUCGGCCAAGUCAAAUUACAACUUUGAAAAACCUUUCCUUUGGCUUGCAAGAAAACUGAUUGGAGAUCCUAAUUUAGAAUUUGUGGCCAUGCCUGCGUUAGUACCUCCAGAAGUACAAAUGGACCCCCACUGGCAGCAGCAAAUCGAGGACGACCUCAAAAAAGCCCAGGAAACUGCCUUGCCGGAUGACGAUGAGGAUUUCUAAACAAUUUUCCCCUUAUGUAAUUAAAUAAAUUUCAAAUGACUGUUAAGAACAGCAGUUGUUCAUGUUUCAUUUGUGUAAAUUCCAUGGCAUGAACAGUUUUUUUUUAUUAUAACUUUAAAAAUUAAGCUACUGAUAUUUUUAGGUGUUAACAAUAACAAUUUUCUAGUUUGUAUACUUUUA